CAUUAGGUUAUAGAUCCCCCAUACACCGAACCCCAACCAACUUGACCUCGACGCUCACUACCUGUAGGGUGACUACUAGACCUCGUCUUUCAACACCAACUUUGCUUUCUAGUGUCUACCCAGCCGGAAUCUCACAUGUACACUCAUUGCACUACAUAAUUCUUCAGCGGUGGGCCUGCAAGUUCUUGGAGGCGGCUUGCAGCCAUGGUCCCGCAAGUAGUGGUUCCAACGAAAGGUUUGGAAACAUUGCCAACUCGACCACCCACACCGCCGCGCGAGAAGACACACGAGAUACAGGCACUCGCCCGUCGUUCGCUCGACCCGAGACGAAGUCUUCAUACGCCUCCAAACUAUUCCCCAGACUCGUCCGACCUGUCCAACCCGGCUUCGACAAGAACACGCAAGAAGGUUGGCUUUUCAAGCCAGGCCGACUAUCGCGACGCUGCUACCUAUGCCGAGGAUGCAAAGAAACGGCCGACCCCCCUUUCUACACACUCGACCACGAAAUCUUCCAAACCUAUCAAGUCCAUCUUGAAGCCCACCGCUCACGUCGCAGUCAAUCCAUUGGAUCCGAGCGCGAGUACCGACGACGCAACGAGACAUGCGAAUCUUGCCAACAUGCUGGAAUCAACCAUCAAACAGCUCGCAGGGGCCGAUAGAGACUCGAAGCUCGAUGCGUAUAUAAUGCUGGUUCGAGUACUGAAGGCGUCCAAUAAUCUGCCCGACCGGAUUGCUUUGCAAGACAAGAUGAGCCUCUUCACGCAGUUCAUGCAACGAGAUGUCACCACCAAAACUUCUCAAGGCACUAUUGACUCGUCCUUGGUCAAUCAUGCCCUAACACUCCUCAUCACCUUCCUACAUUUCCCCGCCAUUGCCUCAACUUUAUCCAGUGACUUCGGCGUCUUCGUCAUAGAUCACUGCAUCCGGUCUUUUGAGGACCCAGCUGUUCCAAAAGACGUGGUGAGACACUUGAUGCAAGUCGCCGCUUCCCAACACUUCCCGCCCAAGGUCAUGACUGCAGACCGCGUGGGUCGUUUGGUGGCAUCGUUGCACACUCUGGAGGACCAUCUCGCCGGCAAGAGCAUAGUGAUGUCUCGCAUCCUCAUCUACCGCCGACUGAUCCAACAGGCCAAGCUUCACAUGAUCUCCCACUCGGAAUGGCUGAACGAUCUUUUCACCGAUAUGCUUAGCGGCGUAAGGGAAAUUCGGGAGACAGCAAUCGCCUUAGGCAUGGAGGUUAGUUUCACUAUCGGCAAGGAGAAGCAGCUCUCGAGAAAAGUCAUGGAGAUCUUGCAAGUGGCUGUGAACGACACAAAGUACAUUGAAUAUUAUGCCGCCCAACUCAAGGUCAUGGCCAAGGAUAAGCAGGUUUCGGUUGCAGUGCCGCAGAUCUGGAGCGUCAUGCUACUUCUAAUGAGAUACCCUUUGGAGAAGUGGGAAUACUUUGGAUCGUGGUUGGGAAUUAUCCAGCUGUGCUUCAACAGCAGCGACUUCCCCACGAGGUUCGAAGCAAAUUACGCGUGGAAUCGUCUCGUUUAUGCCUUGCAACUCAACACGCAAUCGUUUUUGAGGACUCUCAACACCGUGUGUGAGCCGUUCAUGGGCCAGCUGAAGCGCAAAGGUAAUGGCAAGCAGAGUGAGGAGCUGCGUAGGGUGGUUUUUGGUAGUAUCUGCAACAUCUACUAUUACGCCUUCAAACCUAAUGCCAACCAAUCCCAACUUGAUGCCAUUUGGGAUGGCUGCGUCCGGCCACUCAUGCACCGAAUGGUUGUGCCCGAGAUGGAUGGGAAGACUCGAGGGCGAUCGUUGGCAGAAACGCAGGAUAACGUUCAUCAAGCCAUGCUAAUUCUGACGGGACUUUUCGACUCGUCAACGCCAAGGUUGUGGAAAGAGGACCACGUCGCCGACAACCCUCUGGUCAAACCUGAGGAACUACCUGCCCUGGACCCAAAGUGGUUACGGCGGAACGCCUCCAAAGUCUUCGAGGUUCUUGACCCUUUACUCUCGAAAACAUUCGUGGAUUUGUCAGACUCGGAAUCUGUCCCUCACAAGCUCUGGCGAACUGUAGUGGGCGCUGUGGCGUUUGCCGCGAGCAAGGAGGUCAAGGUAUCUACGGACACAGCAGUCUUCAUGGCCAGUGCCUUCACGUUUUUGUUUAGAGUGUGGUCUCGUGGCAUAACCGACGCGAAUCAUAGCGGCGACAGAUCUCGCCAGUUCUGCGAGGCAACUCACGAAUUUAUCUCGACAAUGACCGACGCCCUAGGCACGCUGCCUUUCACCGAGAAACAGCUCUCUAUGGGCGGCAAUGCCUUCCAACACGUGGCAACGCCAUCUCAUCGACCCGGCAAAGGCCAAGGCAUUACCCGGACACCUCUUCAUCAUCUCUUCUCGAUCCUCUCUACCCUACCUCUAGGUGUCAACGAUGAUGAGGGUCUUUCAGACCUCAUUCGUUCAGUCUUCAACCCUUUCUUUGCGGCAAAGUCACCCCGUGCCAGAAUAGAUCUCGCCCACGAGCUAAUGCAGUUGAUCUCUAUGGACUCCAUUUCGCCUUACGGACCUUGGCUCGUCAUCUCCGAAAUUGUUUCGAAUCCCUUGGAAAACAGCCAAGGGAGUCACUCGUCCACACAUUCUAGUGGCGAGCUUCCGGUUGGCCACGGGUAUCGAGAGAUUGUCAAACAUCUCGAAAGAGGUAUCAAAUCCACCCCAAACCUCCCUUGGGAACACUGGCAUUCGCUUUUCCAAGUGUUGGUAACCCGUGCCACUGAGCAAACGGGUGAGGCGGGAUGCGCAAUUGGGGUUGUUGAGCCCUUAGCCAAAGCCGUUCUUGAUGUCCUGUCUAAUGAAUACGAAGCCAGGAUUGGCCUGACUUUGUUCAAAUGCGGUGUCGAUUUGAUCUCCACCGCAAAGCAGCCUCGUGACCGUCAAGCUCUGGAUGCAGGACGGCGCCGCCUGUGGGGUACGUCAGUUGCAGGGUCGAGAUCGAUGUCCCUCGAUCCUUACGACAACCUCUAUCGGCUCAUGAAUCAUCUUCUGGCCGUGUCAUAUCGGCAGUACGGGGAGAAUGAGAACAAGGAGGCAGUUUCUUUACUUGCCGAGGUUGCAGGCUUUCUAUCAAGAUGCAAUCGCCUGUUGGUCUGCAAAACCCUAAUUAACCUGCAAGAUAGCCUUGGCCUUUGGAUACAGGACACAGACGGGCGAUAUAACAGUAUCCAGUCCUCGAGUUUGUCUGACUCAGUGAAAUUGCUCUGGAAUCGCAUCGACGCUGUCUUUACAGAAGCAGGGAACCUGGAGCAGAUUCAACUUGAGGCAAUCGAACCGCUGUUAUGCUCUGCCUUUGAGAGUAAACACAUGCAUAUCGUCAAUGGCGUUUCGACGUUGUGGAAUAAAGCUUUUGACCAAGUUGAUGAAGUUCAAUAUCCCGAGAAACUGAAGGCGGUUUUGCUUUCUCUUCGGCCGUAUGUCGACCUCAUCCUCCCGGGCCUGGAUAUUUCAAGCUAUGAGUGCAGCGGGCGAAAGCCUUCAUUCAUCGAAUCCCAAUCGCAAGAGGAACCGACCGCUUUCAACAAACCAACAAGAUCAGGUAACAGCAAAACCACUCAGCCGGCAAGACGCUCUUCCAGACGGUCAGCGACUCCUGCGUCCGCCCAGCUUUCCCUUCCCAAGAAACGUCGAUUAGACUUCACGCCCACUGACGCCCAUCGCAAGUCCGCUCGUCGUAGCUCAGCACGGCUUAGACAUGAUGACUCUCAGAUUCAGUUCGCUGCCAUUGAAUCAUCGUCGCCCAUGCACAAUGCUGCAGAGCCCCAGGUCCUUACCGAUCGGCAGAAGGAAGUCAGAGAAAGGCAACGCGAGAAUGCCACCUUAGUCCCGGAUAUCCAGUCCAGCGGCAAGAAGAAUCUGCCGAAGCAGCCGUCACCACUGCGUAGUGGUACUUCAGAUGUUCCGGCGCACAAGGUCACUACACCUAAAACCCACCGGAGCUUCGAAAAUUAUGUGUCUUCGACGCCAACACCACGACGGGGUCAAGCUCCACCUAUCGGGGACAAUGACCAAGAGAUGACGGACGACAUACCUUCAUCGCCCCCGAAUAUGGACGUCCGCCGGUAUCCUCUCUUGCCAGAAAUCAACAAGUCACAAUCCAGCAGCAGUAGUGUCUUGGAUGACUGGGCAUUCAUGUCCUCUCCUAUUUCCGGGUCUCCACGUCAGAACCGACAAGUCCUCUCGAAUGAGCAACAGUUGGCUGAGAAGGAGACAAAUGGUAUCGCCACUGCUGAGAACAGUAGCAAGGAAGUACUCGAAAACGCUGUGGUAGUGCCUGCAGCAGAUGUUUCUGAGGAUGAUGCUGAACGUGGCGAGAUUGGGGGUGAAAGCCUGGGAGACGACAUUGCAAUCGACGGCACCAGUCAGGCCGAGGAUCUCCCACUUGCUACCAGAGGUCCAUCAACACCGUCUGCGGCUCGAAUGAUCAAAGACCAAGUGACACCCAAAUCCGUCAAGGACGUCUUUGUCGAUGCUCUCACAAGCCCGGUUUGCACUCCGCCAAGUAAACACUCUCUGCUUACAACAGCUCCAACCGCACAACCCCCACCUGGUACGUCUCAGCUCAAAGGUGGCUCCUUCGAGCUUAGCGAUCUCGACGAGGGGAGCAUGCUGCGUCUGGUGGUCGAGAUUGACGCUCGGACAUGUGAGCCUAUGCCAAGGUACUCCGAAUCCCCUGAGAAAUCGAGAGAACGAACCCCGUCCCCUGUAUCGAAGUGCAAUAUCGUGCAUCCAGAGUCGAAAAUCGAUGGCUCCAAAACACCCAACGAUCCACCUGUGCAUGAAUCAUCUCCUACAGUGGUUAACACGACAACGGAGAACCCAACGUCCACGCCCUCGCCCGCAAUUCCAUCUACGCCAGUGAACAGCAAUAGUUCACAGGCAUCGGGCAAAGCUUCAAAAAGAAGGCUGAAGAAGAAGCGAAAGCGCGUGUUGGAAAAGUCUGAGGAAGCCGGAAGCAAUAAGCGCAGACACGAUAGAGAUGCUGAAGUCGAUGUCGAUGGAGUGUCUGAGAGCCAGCUUCCACCUUCAAGCGACAACACAUGUUUGGAACAAUCCGAGAUUUCUGGCAAAGAACUACACUCAAAUACAUCGCAAGGAUCUUUGGGAUACGAUCCUGAGUCCAAGAAGCACGGAUCCCCAGUAUCUGGCUCUGAUAAGCAUGUAGACGAGAGGAAAGCCGUGGAGUUGCAGCUAACUCAGGAGACAUCUCAUAAUGACGGCAAAGUGGGGUUAAUUCGUGAGGCUUCAGGAGAGCAGGAACUGAAUGCUGAAUCGCCGCCGGUAAAAGAAGUUGAAGCCACCGACAUCACGAUGGGAGAAGUUACCGAGGAAGAGGCACGUACUAUUGAAUUUGCGGAUGCUGCGGUGCAGACUAUGGAAGAGGCCACUUUAACUUCAGAAAAGUCGCCAAUGGAGAAAAUCAUGGAUGCCUUGAGGGGUGGUCUGGAGGAGCUGCGUACAGUGGCCUUGUCCAGGGGCGAAGUGUAUCAAGUGGAGGGAAUGUUCAUGGAUAUCAAAAGAGAGCUCUAUGGGGCCGAGAGCCGGGGCCGGGGAAGAGACUCAUGAAUCUGCUUUGGGAGGUAAUAUGCAUAUUUAUGUAUUUGCUCGCCAAUGCAUCCAUGUGAAGAGUUAAUUUGUACAUGUAUGAUGCUUUAGGAGGGCAGAAGGCACAAUCCAUCGGCGAGGAGUUCGGCUGCAUCGUUGAAUGAGAAAUAGACCUUAUGUACGAAGUCUUAGUUUCAUGAAUCUUAGAAGUUUCGAAUGACA